AAUAAUCUAUAAGCGGUUUAGCCGGAGCCUGAAUAGGCGCAACUCCGCUUUUAUUUUUCAUCAUGGCGAGCCUCCAUUCAGACGCGCCGGCUGCUCUGAAGGGGCGCGGUGAUGUGUCCAACAAUCAAAAGGCUGCCAACAACUUCCACAGCUUCAAGGCAGCUGACCUGGAUAUCCAGCUGUCCCUGACCCUGAAGCCCAAAUCGGACAUGUCCAACCUCGUUUUUGGGUCCGUCUUCACCGACCACAUGCUGACCAUACAGUGGUCUGCGACCGAGGGCUGGCAGGCGCCGCACAUCAAGCCUUUCGGAAACUUGUCUCUCCAUCCGGCCUGCUCAUGCUUGCACUACAGUGUGGAGCUCUUUGAGGGGAUGAAGGCGUACCGUGGCCCUGACAGCAAAGUGCGCCUCUUCAGGCCGAUGCUCAACAUGAACCGCAUGGCCAAGUCAGCCGAGAGAGCCUGUCUUCCUGCGUUUGAUCAGUCGGAGCUGCUGGAGUGCAUCAGGCGGCUGGUGGAGAUCGAACAGGACUGGAUUCCCCAGUCCGAGUCAGUCAGCCUCUACAUCAGACCUACCUUUAUCGGCACAGAGCCAUCUCUUGGUGUGAAGAAGCCAACAAAUGCCUUACUGUUUGUGAUCCUGAGUCCAGUGGGGUCCUACUUCAGCACCGGGAUAAAGCCGGUCUCUCUGUGGGCCGAUCCCAAGUACAUCCGGGCCUGGAGAGGAGGGACUGGAGACUGCAAAAUGGGAGGGAACUAUGGAGCGUCUAUCUGUGCCCAGCACGAGGCGGUGGAUAACGGCUGUCAGCAGGUGCUGUGGCUGUAUGGAGACGACCACCAGAUCACCGAGGUGGGAACCAUGAACAUCUUCCUCCACUGGAUCAAUGAGGAUGGAGAGGAGGAGCUGGCAACACCGCCUCUAGACGGCAUCAUCCUUCCUGGCAUAACCCGGCAGAGCAUCCUGGAACUAACCAAGAACUGGGGGGAGUUUAAGGUGACGGAGCGCUACCUGACCAUGGCGGACCUCUGCUGCGCUCUGAAGGAGCAGCGCAUCAAGGAGAUGUUUGGUGCCGGGACGGCCUGCGUGGUCUGCCCAGUGGGACGCAUCCUCUACCAGGGAGAGAACCUGCACAUCCCAUCUCAGGAGACAAACUCACAGCUGGCUUCCCGACUGGUCAAAGAACUCACAGAUAUACAGUACGGCCGCACCCCCAGCGACUGGGCUGUCCUGGUGUAGCAGAGACCGAGGAACCUGUAGCACACACACACACACGCACACACACAAAAUCACACAUGCAUCCACCCAUAAAGACAUAACACAAUACAACCACGCAGACAUUCAAAUGCCCAAAGACACAGUAAUCACGCACAUUGUGUAACAGUAACACACACAAAUAUACACUAAAAAUAUGUAAUAUGGUGCAAACUACUUAUUAGCACAAGUCUUGUGCAUGUAUGCAGUCUUUUAGAUGUGCAAUAAUCUCACUCUCGCUGCAAUAUGCUGGAUAGCCAAAGUCGAAGCCGAAGUGGCUCCGCAGUGAACGUCUUGUAGCUACAACUUUAAACUCCCUUACAACUUUAAUUAAUGACUAACGCGCAGGAAAACUGUCCACAGCAAUUAGCAAAACAUGAAGUGAUGCCUCACUAUGCACAUGCAAUACUGCACAAUAGCUUACAGUAUUUGACCACGACUCGCUCUGCUAGUUCUCUUUAUUUGAACAGAAUAAUGAACAGAGCACAGUUUUUAUAGUGCUUAAAUAUAAUAAUAAAUAAACGUAAUCAGACAAAGAUACAGUGUGGAUGGAUACAGAGGUAAAUGGGGCCUUAGUGCUCUGAUCACUACAUUGCCAUUACAAAUAUAGCUGACAGAAAUGAAAUGUACAGUGGUAGAGGAGGUCUCUAUCUGCGUGAAAAUCAUGUGAAAAUCAUUGUUAAUAUCCGUCUCCAUUGAUCCGAUGACAAGUGGACAACUGAGACAGAUCGCCAUUCAGUUGUUCAGAAUUUGUCUUAGUGAGCUCACUAACAAGGCAGGAAUUUGCACGACAAUUAAUUAAUCAAAUAAAUUAAAUAUAACCACUCACUCACAGGCACAUAAUACAUUAAUUAAAGUAAAAAACACAUAAUUGAAAAGCAAUCAUACAAUAGCAUAAGGGCAGAAAUAAAAUCCAAACAUGAAAACAAUAAAUGGAAUAAUGACACCCUCAGGGAAUUGAGUGCUUCAGGUGCAUUAAGAUGCACUUACAGUAAAAUGGAACCACAGAGGAUAAAGGGCUUUAAGUCCAUAUCUUGCAAAUCUGAAUUCCCCGUUUGACAUUCCGCUCGAGUUCACACUACAAACUACCACCACCUCCAAAACGUGAUUUGUGUGCUCGGAUCACUCAAGCUGCGCCGGAGCCUGUUCACACAGCACCGCCCGCUUCUGAUUCGAUCACCCGAGAGAUGCACGUUAAAACCAAAUGUGACCGUGAUCGUGGAGGGGAAGUGACGGACGGCACACUCCGCCUGGUCCAGCUGAGCUUCUCAGUGCUGAAACUAGAAGAUUGAUGAUUGUGCUGGAUGACUGAAAAGCAGUGUGUUGUUGAAAAAGAACAAAAAUAACAUAUAUACUAAUCAUAAUUUAGCCUGGAUCCAGCCUUUGUGAAUUGCCAUGAUCACUUUUUUUUUUGAUUGCGUGGUGAUCCCUGAGGUCUCAAACUGCUUUCAUUCCCCACGGCAGAUUUAAAACAGAAUCUACUCGAGAUGCCUGAUUGGCCGGUCAGCAAGAAAUGUUAGGGAUAAUCGGGAUCGAUAAAUUAAAAGAUGAAAAAUAGGACAGUUGAAAAGCUGUGCAAUGCCUGAUGAUGCACUCAGUUAACCUGCUAUGAUUGGUUUAAUGCUGACAAAUGGUCGUGGGACAAGCACUGACUUCAGUAAAUCACCUGUGAUAGAAACAGAGUUGAAUUACAGUGUGAUUCAUAGGGUCUGGAAACCAGGCUAAUCAUAAUAUGUAUUUUUUUUUUUUUUUUUUUAAUGUAGCACAUUCGCAAAGGUGGGAUGAAGUAAAUCAGCAAACAAAGAUGUUACUGUUGGCCCUCUAAUAGGUGCUUUCGUCAUUCACUUUACAGGGAAGUUGAACACUCAAAGACACAAUUAGCACAGUGAGUGAUUUUAAACAUCAGGAAUGGGAGAAACCAGCACUUCCUGUAGCACCUUGAAUCCGAUGGAGCUGCUGUAUCUAAACUAUUUAGCAUAACGAUAAUCUGUGUAGCAAGCAUUAUUUAUGCAAUUUGAUUUGUGGAGUUGUGUCGAUGUGAAUGUGUUGUUUGUGUUUGAUCAGAAGUAUGCCGUUCUCUUUUAUAUAGCUUGUGUGUUUUCAUUAUUGUUGUAAGGAUAGAGCUUUAUUUUUGAAUUGUACUGUAUACUGGUCCUUUAGAGAGAUUAAUUGUACUUUACCAAAGCUGAAAGAGAUUUCUGUAAAUGUGAGAUUAACACAGGGAGGAUUUUAUUAAAAUGAAAUAAAAUUAAAUUAAAAAAAAAAAAUCCAAAAUG